CUCUGGCCCAAGGCCCUGGCCUGGAAGGGCAUGGCGCAGGCGGACGGGGCGCCCGGGCCGGGGGCAGGGCAGCCCUACGUGUUCAAGCUGGUCCUCCUGGGCAGCGGCUCUGUGGGCAAGUCCAGCCUGGCUCUGCGCUUCGUGAGGAACGACUUCAGGAGCAUCCUGCCCACCGUGGGAUGUGCGUUCUUCACGAAGGUGGUGGAUUUGGGCGCCGCGUCUCUGAAGUUGGAGAUCUGGGACACGGCUGGCCAAGAGAAGUACCACAGCGUCUGUCACCUGUACUUCAGGGGUGCCAACGCCGCCCUGCUGGUGUACGACAUCACCAGCAAGGAUUCCUUCCGCAAGGCUCAGCAGUGGCUGAGGGACCUGGAGCGGGAGUUCCUCCCGGGGGAAGUCGUGGUGAUGCUGGUCGGCAACAAGGCGGACCUCAGCGAGGAGCGGGAGGUGACGUUUGAGCAGGGGAAGGAGUUCGCAGAGACCCAGAGACUGCUGUUCAUGGAGACCUCGGCCAGGCUCAACCACCAGGUGACCGAGGCCUUCAGCGCUGUGGCCGGAGAGCUGCUGCGGAGGGCAGAGAAGGAGGGCCAGACCCCGCGGGGCGAUGCCCGGCUGGCCCUGAACCCCAGGCCCACGGGGCGGGCCAAGUGCUGCGCCCACUAG